UACUGUAAACAAGCCUCAGUACAAAAGUCGGGCAGUUUCAUGCUGACUUGCUCAUCGUCAAACAUACAUGCCUGAUUCAUUUUGCCCAAGUCUUUCUACUGACAUAACUGGAAUAACUCUUCAAUUCGGCAGUAAUUCAAAACACCGAACAACAGUUCAGAGACCUCAUGUCAGUGAAAUUUUAACUCCUAGAAACAGCCCACACCCUCUCCACCCGUGGACGUUUUGGUGACAACUGAACCAGUUUCCACAAGGAAUGGGACGUAUCGCAGCUAGUUUUGGGGCAGAGGCGGAGUUUUUCGGGUUGAAGUAACGUGAAGUGGGUUUAAAAACAGCAGUACAGCCUACACCAGCGUCCUAAAGACAAAAGUGGAGAAAUAAAGGUAAGCUGAGGGGAUCGUGGGACGUGGCCCACACCUUUUCUAAAGCCUUGUGUCAUGGCUCGGUACUUGAACUAUUUCACCACUGUGGGUGAUGUGCAGCCAGUGAAGUGGGAAGAAGAGGAGCUCCAUGAGGCCAGUGAGGAACUGGGUCCGGCUACUGGUCAGUAUCCAACAGAACUCACCUUCAGGGAUUCUCUUCGAAAGCUUUACAGCUCCAAUCGAUUUCAGGUUUUCGUGGUGGUUUUGGUAAUUCUGGAUGCCAUCUUUGUUCUGGCUGAGCUGCUGAUAGAUCUGUCUGAAAACCAUUCAGAACAUGGCCAUGUUGCUGCACAGGUGUUCCACUACUUGAGUCUGGCACUUCUCACAUUUUUCAUGGUGGAACUGGUUGGUAAGCUAUAUGCCUACCGCCUUGAGUUCUUCCAACAUAAGUUUGAGGUGUUUGAUGCGUUAGUGGUGAUGGUGUCCUUUGUGUUGGACAUUAUCUUCAUCUCCAAUGAGGACGCCUUAGAUGGUAUGGGCUUCCUCAUUCUGCUGCGUCUCUGGAGGGUGGCCAGAAUUCUUAACGGUAUCCUGGUGUCAGUGAAGACCCGUGCUAACCAGCGACUCCACAAGCUGAAGGAGAGCUACGACCACCUUGUCACGAGAGUUACGGAGCUACAGGCGCGCACUGAUAAGCUGGAGCAAGAGAACAGUAAACUUCGAGACCUCCUGCGACAGCAUGCCAUACACUUCUAACUCAUCAACUUCAUGAGCUCAUAAAGUAAAGCUCAUGUGUUCUGUCAUUUGCAUUAUGCUCAUAAAAAAAUGUACUUUAUACACAUUUUUCAGAUUAUGAACUUGCAUAUGUAUUCCAUGAAACAGUUUCAUUUUAAACAUAAUUUCAGGGUUGCUUUUUUUUUUUUUCUUUCAAAUCACAUUCCACAGCAAAUUGCAUUCUUCAUCAUACUGCUUCAAACCAGUGACUUGUCUGUAUGUAUCAUUUAUUUCAAACUUUCUGAUGUCUUCAUUAUUUGGUUGAUACUUAUGUGUGCAGAAAUGUUAUGCUACUGGAGGCCACAUAGCUAAAAGUUUGUUAUCUUUAAGGCCAUGCUAUUAAUCAUCAUAUGCUUGUAUUAUUUCAAAAUGUGAAAAAAAAAAUCUUUACAGAUCUUUGAUGUACAUAAGAUGAAAUUAUUUUUCUUACUUUAAU